AUGUGGAUGUCACCUCCCACGGCCCUCGCGCAGCUCAUACAAGAAAGCUCCACACCCUCAACCUUGGCAACGCUAGCCAGCAGUACGAGCAUCCCUCCACUCCCACUUUCGACGUCCUCCAACCCGGAGCCCGUUGCCAUCGCCAGCUCCUCGAUUGGCUUCAUACAGUCAGCAACCUCAACCUCCCCCUCCACCACGAACACCAGCUCCGCAGCUCUCGAAGCCGACGCAGCCUCCCUCCUGAACUACUACUUCAUCUUCGUCGCCCUCUUCCUCUGUUUCAUCGCCCUCGCCUUCUUCUACUUCCACCGGCGCAGCAAGCUCCGCAGAGAGCGCUUCCGGAACAGCGUGCAGAACGCCCUGGCACGCGACCUCGACGGCUGGGUCUACACCAGGCGAUGGGUGCACGGCAGCUGGCGACCCGGCGACAGCGGAGUGUUGAGACGCGAGGACGGGCUUAAUGAGCAUGGGGAGGCGCCGCCGCCUUAUGCUCCGGCUGCGGAGACGGGACAUGCGGCAGGCGUCGACGGUGUGGAUGUAAGAGGGGGACUUCAGGCAGGCUAUGGAAGCGACGGCACCGCAAACCUCGCAGUUCCCCUACAGACAUAUGCGGGAGAUGGUCGCCCUCAUGCGGAUCCACCGGAGUAUCAAGAGGCCGCCUGGCCACUCAAUGACGCUACCGCCCGCGACCUUCAUGCGAUCGAACUUUCGGUAGAUCCGUCACGGAGAUACCUUCCGAGGCUAAGGCCAGUCCCGAGUGAACCGGGCCCCUGA